AUGUUAUCGCGGCUCACACCAGUGACGUCGCGUACCCUCAGUAUUUCUUCCGUUCUCGCCAGCCCUUCACAAAACGCGACAGCAUCGGCAAUCAGAACUCACAGACUACCAGGAGAACGUCAUCCACUGGCCAAGUAUGGAGGCCGCCAUACGGUGACCGCUCUUCCGGGAGACGGUAUCGGACCGGAAAUGAUCGACCACAUUCGGACCAUUUUCAAAUACUGCCAUGCUCCCAUCAAUUUUGAAACAGUACAAGUCAGUUCAAAUCUGGUCGAAGGAGAUCUGGAAGGAGCGAUUAUGGCCAUCAAAAGGAAUGGAGUCGCAUUGAAGGGUAACAUCGAGACGAAACACGAUAACCCCGAGUUCAAAUCCCGAAAUGUUGAACUACGCACGAGGCUCGAUCUCUACGCCAACAUCCUCCACUGUGUCUCCAUUCCUACGAUACCUACUAGGCACAAGGAUAUCGACAUAGUGUUGAUUCGAGAAAACACAGAAGGCGAAUACUCUGGUCUCGAACACGAAACGUUGCCGGGUAUUGUCGAGAGCAUAAAGAUUGUGACCCGUCGCAGCAUUGAUAGAAUCGCUCGUAUGGCUUUUGAAUAUGCCGCAUUGAACAAUCGCAAAAAAGUGACGGCUAUUCACAAGGCGAACAUCCAGAAACUGGGAGACGGCCUCUUCUUGCAGGUUGUGAAAGAGAUGGCCAAAUCGGACUAUCCACAAAUCGAGUUCGACUCAAUGAUCGUCGAUAAUGCCUGCAUGCAACUCGUCUCUCGACCACAACAGUUCGAUGUUAUGCUGAUGCCGAACCUUUACGGAAAUAUCAUUUCGAACAUCGCUUGCGGACUUGUUGGAGGUCCUGGCUUGGUCUCUGGGAUGAACAUCGGUGAAGAGUAUGCCGUCUUUGAAACGGGCACGCGAAAUACGGGUACAUCACUGGCUGGAAAAGAUCUCGCCAAUCCUACAGCAUUCAUUCGAGCCAGCGUUGACAUGCUCAGGUAUCUUGGGUGUCACCAGCAUGCUGAUCUCAUUUCGGAUGCCUUGUGGAAGACUUUGGUAGAGCAGAGAGUGCACACCAGGGACGUUGGAGGCAACCACACGGCUUCCGAAGUGGUUAACGUCACUCUGGAGAACAUCUCUACCAUGAUGCGGUAG